GGUGGAUGAGGCGGAGGGCGGGAUAAAGCGGCACCUAGGAAGUGAAGCUCAGUUGAAACAGAAAUAUGUUUACUGUAGUUUUAUACCGUUAACUUCCCAUCGUUUGCACCACGGGAGUACCGUUAGCUUGACACACGAUAGCUAAAACGGAACCGAACAUGCAGUCUGUACGAAAACGUCGAGGCAACGAUUUACGCACAAACCAAACUAGCACUCCUGGUGGUUUGAAGGAACAUGUACCACAGCACUUUCACUUUGACCUGUGGUUCUGCCUGACUCUGCAGAACUGGAUACUGGACUUUGGAAGGCCUAUUGUCAUGAUUAUCCUUCCUCUGGAGUGGUUUCCCCUGAACAAGCCCAGUGCUGGAGACUAUUUCCACAUGGCCUACAAUGUCAUAACACCAUUCCUAAUGCUCAAGCUGAUUGAGCGCAGUCCCAGGGCGCUCUCUCGCUCAGCAGUCUACCUCUGCAUCAUCACGUUUGUCAUGGGAGCCAGCAUCCACCUAGUGGGCGACUCCAUUAACCAUCGGCUCAUCCUGAGUGGCUACCAGCUCCACCUGUCAGUCCGAGAGAACCCCAUCAUCAAAGACCUCAAACCUGCCUCACUGAUUGACUCCUUUGAGCUGCUGUAUUAUUAUGAUGAACAGCUGGGACACCUAAUGUGGUAUAUUCCUUUCUUCAUCAUUCUGUACAUCUAUUUCACCGGCUGCUUCACCAAGGCCAAAGAACAGAACAAGAUUCCCGUCUCUGGUUGGCUGUUGCUGGGACCCAGCGCAGUCUAUUAUUGGUACUUGGUCACUGAAGGACAAAUCACUGAACUUUUCCUCCUCACCUUCCUUGCCAUGGUUGUCAUGGUGAUACAUCAACAACGUAAAGGCCUCAGCCCAGACAGCAAUGGCCUGUUCCUGUUCUGUAGUUUCAGUGUUACUGUGCUCCUGGUGGCACUGUGGGUGGUCUAUCUGUGGAACGACCCGGUGCUACGCAACAAGUACCCCGGACUCAUUUAUGUGCCAGAACCCUGGUCCUACUACACCUUACAUAUCAAGAAGAACCACUGAAUUACAUCUGUCCAGCAGAUUUGCUGAGACAGAGGCAGUGGCUGCACUCGAUGAAGGUUGUUCAUGUCCACCGACCUCACUGUUAAACACAAGGUUCUGCUGGCUUCAGCCAUAUGUAUUCAGAAGGGGAUUUGUCUCCUCUGUCUAUUUCUAUAUUGAUACACACACAGACUUUAACAGGUUGGAAUUGUUAUGUUUGGUCUGUAUUUACACAUGCAAUCAGAUAAAACCAGGACAGGGAUUACCCCGCAAAAUAAAAAGGGGGACCCCCCCCACACACAUUUCCCCAACCCAUGUUACCCAGAAACCCCCCCAGGUUUGCUGUAUGUUAUUUAAAUUUUUAAUGUGCCAUAGUAAUGCAUAUUACUAAACAAUUUUCUUUAAUUAAAAGGUGCAGUAAGCGAUGCUGUGCAAAGAUUUUUGAUAUUUGAACUCAACUGCCAAACAAAUACACCCCUUCCCCCCCUGAAUUUGACAAAAAGUGUAUUGGAUUAACAUUGCUUACUAUACAGUACCUUUGAUAAAAUUACCACAAAGAUCUACACUUAGAUAGUCUCGCUUUGCCAGACUUUCCUCCACCGCGGCGCUGUGGAGGAGGGUCUGGCUAGUCCACACAGCAUUCCUGGAUGGGAGGAAAAUAUGAUCUGGUUUAUUGGCAUUUCUUUAAUCCAAUCACAAUUGUCUUGGGCGGUGCUAGGCACCGGGAAAAGCUGCAGUGCCGCUGAAAAAUAGCCUCUGUAGGGAACUUGUUUUGUUGGAACGUGUAUGUUCAAAGGUUGUUUUAGUCGUAAAACAGAAAACUCAGAUUGGACAGACAGUCUAGCUCGCUGUCUGGAUUUACCCUGC